AGAGGUGGUUCACGGCCCCCGGCGUGCGGAGGAUCCGGCUGAAGGAGGGAAGCGUGAGGGGCUCCCUCUUCCUGCCGCCGGAUAUGGAUCCAAAGUCCCCUGCACAAAAAGGCCAGCACAACAGAGACCGAACUUUGACCAGAUGUGUAGCCAGCGUUGUGGAUUUUCCAUCCCUGAGCUGUGGCUGUUGUGACAGAUCCUGCCUUAGAGGAUGAGCUGGAUUUCUGCAGAGUUCAGUGGGAAUCCCAAGCUCUGCAAGAUGGAAAUGUGUUUGAAAGUCUGGUGGUGUAAUAGGGUGGAAAAGUCUGUAAUCAAUGCUUAAGCAAUACUGGUGUCCUUCUUGAGGGAGGAUCUGGCUACGGCAUUGCUGCUGUGCCUUUGUUUUCUCCAGAGGUGGAAAAACCUUAAUCUGAUUGAGAUAGGAAUCUUAAACGUGAAGGGUUCUUAGUUACAGUGGGAUGGUGUGAACGGGCCUAAGCUGUGAUUUUAAUAGGAGAGAGAUUUCUCAGUUCAGAGUUACAGGGGUGGGGUUGAUUUGCUUGGUUCUUUUUAAGCAGCAGCAAAGGUGUCUAGCCCAUUUUAUCCUGCUUUUCAGUGAGCUCUGCAGAAGCUGUACACUUGAGCAUAUGUUUCUGCUUGGGAAGGCGGUCUGGGAUCCUUGUUGAAGUUCAGGGUUGUCUUCAUGAGAGAGAAACGUUCAUGCUUGACUGUGUUCUGACCACGUGUUCAUGCUGGAGAGCCUUCUGAGUAGGGGUGAUUAAGGAAAGAAUUCUAGGCUGGCUGCUGUUAAGUAAAGGGUCUUGGUGGUCACAGCAUGAUGAUAGAUUUAUCCAGACAGACAUAUUUUCUCUCAAGUAGAACGUUGAACUUCUCUGAACGAUUUCAGAACUGAAAGGAAAAGAACCCUAAAGCAUGUUUCCAUCCUUUUCUGACCUCCUGAGGCUUGAAGUUAGGAGACUUCCACCACCUAGCAUAUCUUCUCCAGAACUUCCUUCUCUCAAGCACCUUGAAACACCAGAGGUCUUUUCUUCAUUGCAGAUUUGCAGGAGAUGGCCCCUUUCCGGGAGUGAUUGACAUGUACGGCGAUGAAGGAGGUUUGAUUGAAUUUAGAUCCAGUCUCCUGGCUACUCGUGGGUUUGCUGCUCUUUCCCUGCCAUAUUUUGACUUUGAAGAUCUGCCUAAGGUCAUGAAAGAACUCAAACUGGAGUACUUUGAGGAGGCAGCUAGAUUCCUACAGCGUCACCCGAAGGUGAAGGGACCAGGCAUUGGAGUGAUUGGGACUGGGAAAGGGGCAGAACUAGCACUCUCCAUGAUCACCUUCCUGCCAGAAGUAGUGGCUGCUGUCUCCAUCUCCGGCUGCAGCUCAAACACAGUUGCAGAUCUGCAUUACGGCGAGAUGACUCUGCCUGGGCUGCGUUUUGAUACAAACAAGGUCAGUGUUUCUGACGCUGGUGUAUUUGACAUCUUUGAAGCUCUGGAUGACCCAACGAAUCCUGCAAAUUCCCACUGCACGAUCCCCAUUGAAAAAGCAGAAGGUCACUUUCUCUUAGUGGUAGGGGAAGACGAUCGUCUGUGGAAGAGCUCUUUGUAUGCUGAGCUGGCAAUUGGGCGUCUACGCCAGCACGGGAAAGGAAACUUUGAACUGCUGAGUUAUCCAGGAGCAGGUCACCGAAUCGAUCCUCCUUCUACUCCCUUCUGUCAGGCAAAAGCAACAACUAUCAAGGAAGCUCUAGCCAAAUGGGAAGAAAAAAAUGGCCAGAAGGCUUCAGAGGCAAAAGAGGUGAAACUGUAUGGUCAGAUUCCUCCUGUAGAGAGGAUGGAUGAAUCCCUCUCCACACUUGUCAACUGCGAGAAACUAUCGCUGUCUACAAACUGCAUUGAAAGGAUCGCCAACUUGAACAGCCUAAAAAACUUGAGGAUUCUGUCUUUGGGAAGAAAUAACAUAAAGAACUUGAAUGGAUUGGAAGCAGUUGCAGAGACUUUAGAGGAGCUGUGGAUCUCGUACAACUUCAUUGAGAAACUGAGAGGCAUCCGUGUAAUGAAGAAGUUGAAGGUUCUUUAUAUGUCAAAUAAUCUGGUGAAGGACUGGGCAGAGUUUGUGAGACUGGCAGAGCUGCCAUUACUAGAGGAUCUGGUGUUUGUAGGCAAUCCACUACAAGAGAAGUACGCCUCUGAUCAGAAGAACAAUUGGAUCGAAGAAGCAACCAAACGGGUACCAAAGCUGAAAAAGCUGGAUGGUAUCCUAGUUAUUAAACAAGAAGAUGAAGAAGAAGGAGCAAACUGAUGACACUUUGUUGUUGGGUAUUUAUUUAAGUUAUAAAUAUCAGAGUCCUGAUAUCUCAACACACAGAACUUUUAUAUGAAAUGUUUGUUUUGAAGAAAAUCUUUGGGCAGUGUUUUUGAAAGACCAGCUCGUCUCCACACCUCUCACCCAAAGAGUUACCUACCAAAACCUGGACACACCAAGUUGGUCAAGCUGAUGACAUCUUCUCCAGAGAUGAGUGGAGCUGGGUGUAUCUGCUGUUUGCUAGCAAAAAUUGUUUACCUAAACUAACAUGUAGCUACUUUUAAUCCUCGAUUAGUGGUGCUUGUUGUUCACUCUUGGAUUAUAAAAGAACCAUUUUAGCUUGUUAAGUGCAACUGGCCAUCAUCAUCCUUAGAAACACUGAGGCUAAAAGAAGAGUGUUGUGGGUUAGAGACAUAUUCCAGGCCUUGUUGUGUUUCAUUUUUGUCAUUGGAACCCCUCAAUACUUUAAGUGUGUGAGUUUGCCUUUUCACCCACUCACCUGUGAUGCCAAACAGGCCCAGUAGCUGUGGACCUACGCACAAAAAAAAGGUCUGAUGAUUGCUUCUUACUGGCCUUAAGUUCUGAAUUGAGCUUCUUGCCUUGGAACUCAACUGCAUUGCUUAGAAGGCCACUUAAUAGUUGUUUCUUUGAAAGAGGCAAUGGGAAUUCCUUGCAUGGUUUCAAUGAGACUGAAGUAUCAGCUAGCUUUUGGGAUUGGGUGGUUUUGUUGUCUUAGUAAGAAGUUAUUUUAGGUUGGAAUGUGUGGCCUGUUAGCCUACAGCUGGUUCCUAGUUCUGUUUUGGGUCACUGGUGCAUAUAAUCCUUCUCAGCUCCAGAAAUUUCCUGUAACUAAGUAGGCUGAUGCUAAUAGAGAAGGUAACAGUGAACAGAGGAGAGAAAAUGUGGGGUUUGGGGAUACUUGUCUUUUAUGAAAGCACAGAUGUAAGCAGUGAGAGAAAGUGUGUACAGUUAGUGAGGGAGGUGAGAUGAGAUGGAAAGUGGAUAUUGGGGGGGAAAAAAGGUAUCAAAGAUGUAUUAGAUGUGGUAUAUUGCAGGGUAACCAGGUUGAGCUUUAGUAAAGCCCCUUUAUGUGACAGGUAGCUAUUUUUAUUGCAAAAGCAUUAAACAAUGAUGAAGACAUUCCCAAGUGUACUGGUGGAUGCAAAAAGUGGGGGUUUUAAUUCUUCUCUUCAGAGAAUAGAUCAAGGCACCUGAGCAGAUUUUGCUGCAGCUUGUUUUGGGUUUUUUUGUUUGGGCUUUUGAGAAAAGCUUUUCUUCUAAUUGAUGGUACCAUCUUGGUGUGCCUGCUGCUUCCAGACCAGGCACAGAAGGGAUGGAGGCAGAAUGCCAUUCUGAAUAGUUUGGGAAGGUGUGGCAGGAGCUGAAAUCUUGGAAGUCAGGGUCAGAGCUAAAAAGGUAGAGUUGGCCCAGGUAACAGUGGUGUUGAUCUCAAGCCCCAAGUGUAAUUGUAGUAGAAGGCUUUCUCUCUCUAAGUGAAAGGUGUGAUGCAGAUUGCAAGACAAUCACAGCUGGCUUUCAGUGUUUUGCUACUUGUUCUGAUUGUUAGAGGAAUUCUUAAGCAUUCCAACUUAAAUUGGCACCUUAAAAUAAGUCCAAGGUCAAGAGAGCAGUGGCAAAAACUGUGGACAUUCUUCACCUAGCAAACUAGUUCCAGGCCUGACCAGGACACAGUUUCUUGGUUCACUGGCUUUAUCUUACAGGCAACUUUGUGUGUAAUUUCUUUUAGAAUCCUUCUCCCAGCCUUAUCAUCCAAGCUGUUCACUUUAACUUCUGCCAACCACUUCUGGCAGAGCGGAGGGUGCUGGGGCAGCAGGUAGCUGAUGGCACACCCAGCCUCUCCUGGCCCCAGCUGAUGCCAUGGGGAAAGAGGGGAUUGGCCUCUGCCCUUGAUAACUGUAAUUAAAGUGUGGGUAAUGGGAGGCAGAGCUUGACUGGAGCAAAACCUGACUUCUGAAUAUUGCUAAUAAAUGGAAAUGCCAAAUUGAUGUAUCUCUGAAUAGACCAUGCAGUGCUCUUGUCCUAGCACUUAGCCACAGAGACCAGCUCUGAGGCUGGUCUCUCCAAGCACAAAGUCUGCUGGUGUGGUAGGCAGGGGUGAGGUUAGCUCCUCAAAGGAAAAGUGGCAGGAGGGAGCCUGAGCAGUGGGCACACACACAGUCCAAUGCCAAGUCAUCCUGCUGGUGGGUUUGUUCAUGUCUAAAUAUGGUCUGAGUCUGUCCAUUUCUGAAGGGUGUGUUAGGUACAGCAAAUACUCUACACUUUGCCUAUUUUGGGGCAUUCUGAGAGCAGAACAGAAAGUGUUCUGAUGAUGUGUUGAUGAUUGGAAUGAAACACGUCUCCAUUGACAAGAUGUGAGGGAGUAAGAGCAGUUGCUGUGACCAACACAGGCCAUACCUGUGGGAAUCUGGCUGAGAACUAGUGCAGUUGUUGGCAGAGCUGUGUGUAACAUGUGGCCUGCUCCCUUCAGCAGAUUUAAGAGCACAAAUCCUCUAGCUCUUUUUUACAGGCUGCAUUAUAAAUACCACCAAAAAAGAAAACAGCUCCCUAUUGAAGGGAGCACAAUUAUAACAGCAGUAAGGGACACUUAGAAGAUUUACCUCACCUUUCACCCUUCAUGCUAUGGUAAAUUAACAUAGAAUUUGAAACCUUUCUGAUUAAAACCUGUAGGUCAAUCUCAAUGAAACAAUGCAAUAAACAGAAGGAACAAAUUGUGGCUCUCAGUUGUCGGGAGAUGCUUGAGCCCAAAGCUGGCUGAAAGGCUCAGCUCAAUGCUGCUUUGCCUGAUGGGUCACCACUACUCUGAAGGAUAAAUUAACCCCCACUGAACUUUUUCCCCUCCAAAAUAAGUAACAUUUAAAAUUUGCACUUUAAAGUGAUGCACUGGAGGUGGUGGAAGACAUGGAGAGGUGGUGGAGUGAAAGCAGCUGAUGUGUGUAUUGAUGGUGCUACAGCAGGUCACAGAUAAGCUGCUGGGGAAGCUUGGCCUGUGCACACCCCACUAAGGCGCCUCUGGCAGUGGUGGUUGGGGCCCUUCCUUCCCCAUUGCACCACAUCCAAUCAAGCAGGAAGCCUGUGAUUAUUCGUGGCUGAAAAGAGCAGCCAGGUACAAUGUGCAAGCCAUGUGGAACUCUGCUUUUCCCAGAGGGAGGGUGGGGGAUUGGCAUCCACUUCAUUCCUUAGAGAAAUUGCCUAAAAUUGCAUUACUGAUAGGAAAGAGCUAGAGUUUUUUACUUGCUUGUGAGUGCACUGACCUCUCUUCAAAGAGCUGAUGUAUGCAGUGAUUAUAUUGAGAGCUGUUGGGAAAAAAAUGUGAGAAGAGACCUGAGAACCAGCAGAUGACUCUCAGGUUACACUAGAAGUAGACUCAUCCAGAACAAUCUUCAAGCAAGAGAGCACUUUUAACAUCCCCUUUGGCUAUCUUUUGUAUACAGUCAUUUUGUAGCAUGACCAAGCUGUUAACCUUGCUGUGUUUAAGUUAUUUAGGCCCAUGUUUAUAAAUGUUAUGCUGUGAAACUUGUUUAAAAAUAAGAUAAAUGUUAUUUUAUAUGAGUGUCUUUUGGCUGUUGUGUAAUGAAAUAGUUCAGCUUGUGGAGAGCAUUCAGAAGUUAAACCUUUGUCCUCAUGAAACUUUCCCCAGCUUCUCAGGGAGCAAUUUCUAGUAUGUAAAUGUUGUUCCUUAUUGCCUCUCUAUUUCAGGAUAGAAAAUAACUUAAGACUUGAAGAAUGCUGAUAUAUUGUGAUUGUUGUCAUCUGAUACAUAAAUAUUUUUCAGUCUUUUAA